CUCCCUUCUCCCCCGAUAUUUUCAAUUCCCACCCCCCCCUCUCUCUCUCUCUCUCUCUCUCUCUCUCUGUGGAAUUCGAUUCCACCGUCUUCUAUGAAAUGGUCUUGAGAAUCGCUUCCGAAGUAUAAAAAAAAGGCUUUGGAAUCCCUAGCCCCUUCUUCAGCCUUCAGUUAUCGUGGUUGGGAAUACGCUUUCCCGGUGAUGGGAACAGUUGAAACACGGUCUAAAACCCUAGCCGGGGGUUCUCGUCCUGCAGCUGAACCAGCUAUACCGCAUCUCUCCCCUGAAAAGCCCCUUAAAGAAAGUCUUGGCGUUUCGGCCGGUUCUGGGUCCGUUCCAGAGAGAACCCUCCUGAAUGGUGAUAUGGUUGCUGGGGUUGUUCAAGUAGUUAAGACUCGGGGGGUUGAGACCGAGGUUUCUAGUAAAGAUGAAUAUGGGCUUGAGGACUCUGAUAUGAGAGGAGUGUCUUCCUUGUUGAAAUUGAAAGCAAGUGUCAGAAAAUUUGAGGUUGAGGAUGGUAGCGAGAACGAGAGGGAGAGUGUUGAAGAGAAAAGGGAUUUGGUAGAGAAAUUUGGGAGUGAAGAAAAUGAUGGUUCUUCGAGCGAUAACGAGGAGGAUUCGGAUGGGAAAAUUGAGGCUAUUGAGGUUCCAAUUGAAGAUACAAGUGAGAACGACGACGGGAAAGCGGAGGAGGAUAUGGUUGAUGACGGGUAUAAUUUUUCUGUGGGUGACUUUGUGUGGGGUAAGAUUAGGAGUCACCCAUGGUGGCCAGGGCAGGUAUAUGAUCCUUCGGAUGCAUCGGAUUACGCAGUCAAGUUCAAAGUGAGGGACCGGCUGCUUGUGGCAUAUUUUGGGGAUGGCACCUUUGCUUGGUGUCAACCCUCUCAGCUGAAACCCUUUGAAGAAAAUUUUGAAGAGAUGUCAAGGCAAAGUAACUCGAAAAGCUUUGUUUAUGCUGUGCAGAGGGCUGUGGAUGCGAUUGGUAGGCUUUUAGGGCUAGAGCUGACUUGUUCUUGCGUAACAAAUCAGAAUGGAAAUGGAAUUGAUAAUAGAGUAUUGGUAGCGAAUGCUGGAAUCAAGGAUGGAGUCCUUUUGCCUGAAGGCAGAAUUGGGAAGCUUUCAAACAUUUGGUCUCAACCAGUGGACCUUCUUGCUGAAAUGAAACGUAUUGCGCAGACUCUUUCCAUACAUGGUGCGCUUGGGCUGGGGGUGUUGAAGAGCCGGCUGGCAGCUUUUUAUCAUGCAAAGGGGCAUUAUCAUUUGCCCAUGUAUCAUGAACCACAACCAAUUCCGGGCCUCGAAGACAAUUUGGAUUAUAGCAUCGUCGGCAUUCGCAGUACGGUAGAAGUCCCAAUUCACGGGCCUUUCACAGAAGAUUGGAUUUCUUCACCGGUAAGUCCCAAGUUUGGCCAAACUGCUCAAACCACGAUGCAGAAGUGCCUAGGGAAUUCAGAGGAUAGACUGUGUCAGAGAAGGAAGCAGAAAAGUAUUGCUGAAAUUAUGGAAGGGAGCAUUGAUGCUCAGGCCAAAUGUAAGGUUUGGGAUGUGGCUAAAGUAGGGGCAAACUCAGCCAAGACGGUGCCAUUAUCUAGGAGGAAGAAGAGGAAAAACAGUGACCAAACUGAUGGUCACGGUGGCAAUGAUGUGACUUCUGUGACGACGUCUUUGAAAAAGGCUAAAAUGUUGGGUCCAUUAAGUGAUGGCAAAGCUCCAAGUGUCGAAAAUGAUGACAGCUGGAACAGGGAAGAAACUAGGAAGAGCCCAAGGAGGAAGAAAAAUUAUGGUGUCAGCGUUGAAAUUGCUGAUGAUCGUGGAAAAGAACUAAUUAAUAAUGAACCUGCCUCAACAAAAAGGGAGUUGAAGAAUGUUGAAGUUCAAAUAAGUGAUGGCGAGGCCAAAGGACAAAUUGAAAUAGGCUUUAUGUCAAGGGAAAGGAAGAAGAGCAAGUACUUGUCCCCUCCCUUCACUAGUCUAAUUAGGGUUCAACAGAGGAAAGAAAAAGAAACUGGGUCCCUUGAAGUGUCUGACGAAGCUCGUUUAGGGGAGCAGAUUAUUGCUGGCUCCCCUCCAAUUCAGAAGUGUAAUGAUAAGAUAUUUCUGAAGAAACUCUCCGAAGAAAUUGAUCUGGGCUGUGAGCCAUCUGAUAUCUCCAGCCCUCGAACACCAAAACAAGAUCGGACCUCGAUAAUGGAUCCCUUGAAAGUUAAGGCAUCUGCUAAUGAAGUGCUAUCUGAAGUUCGACGUGCAGCUCUUAAUCCCUUGAAUCUCAUGGAAAAGAAGUCAUUUGAAAUGGUUGAGGGCUUUCUGUCCGUACUCAGAAGUUUAGUCUAUCGCGAUGGAUCAGACUCCAACGCGGAAAAAAAGCAUCAAUCUGGCAGAAAGAGAAAGAAUCUAGACUCGGUACCUGGGUCAUUGAAUAACGACAGGAAUGAUACUAACAACAAAUCAACGGGACAUGUAUCAGAACUCAGGAUGAGGAAAAAGAACCAAGAAGCAGAGUCAGAUGAAGCUAAACCAAAGAGAGUUGCUGAGAAACAGUGGACGGGGAAAAGGAACAAAGAAGCACAGCCACAUGAAAAUAAACCAAAGAGUGUUACUGAAGAAACAGAUGCGAGGAGAAAUAACAAAGCAGAGUUACAUGAAGCUAAAAGAGUGAGAGCUGCUGAGAAACAGAGGACGGAGAAGAAGAACAAAGAAGCAGAGUCUUACGAUAAAAGUGAACCAAAGAGAACUUCUGAAAAACAAGACGCUGGGAGAAAUGACAAAGCAGAGUUAUGCGAAGCUAAACCAAAGAGAGCUGCUAAAAAACCAGAUGCAAAGUUGGAUAAAUCAAAGCAGGCUGAUGGAACGCCUGAUAACACAGAUAGAAAAGGUUCACCCGCAGUGCCACUGCUUUCGUUGACAUUUGGCCCAGAAUCCUCUUUGCCUUCUAAAGCUAAUCUGGUUAGAAUUUAUCGUAAGUUUGGGAUGCUGAACGAAGCAGAAACAGAGGUGUUCUCAAACAAUUUCUGUGCUCGGGUUGCCUUUGUAAGGAGCUCUGAUGCAGAGGAAGCCUACAGUCAUUCUCUACAUUCCAACCCUUUUAAAGAUGCUACAGUGACGUUUGACCUGCAAUACCCCUCAACUCAAUUGAAGACUCGUGAACUAAGAGAAAUAGCACUGCCAAAAGCUUCUCCUCCGUUCUAUGGCAAGACUCCAGAGAAGACAUCUUCUUCACCGCAAUUACAACUUGACUUCGUAAGGCAGAAACUUGAGAUAAUGAACUCAAUGCUGGAGAACUCGGAUGGCGAGGUGUCGCUGGAGUUGAAAUACAAAUUAGAAAGCGAGAUAAAAGGGCUUCUGGAGAGUGUGAGCACCAUGGUUGGAUCUUCCUCAUCCUAGGUCAGACAAUACGAGAAACUGAGCAUUUUGGUUAUAUACAUAGGCACAUUUACUUUAUAGCUAUAGCUAUUGAUCGAUGUCUAGGCUUAGAAAUAUAUAAUGUUACUUUCUUGUUGUGGAUGUUUGUAAGGUGUAGGAGUUUUUUUUUUUUUUUUUUUUGGUGCGUAUUUAUUACUUGAUACAGAUGGGUUGGUCUUGUUCUUGUCUUAGUUUAACUGUUUGCAAUGCUCAUUGGUAUAGAUAUAUGUUCAUCACUUUAUACCCCUUCUCUUAUCAUAAUGGAUCUCUGUUAUUUGA